CCCAAUUCAUGGGUAAUCAGAAACCCUAGGACACUCCUAUAAAACAUUUUGUUCCGGUGUCAAGUAAUACGCCUCUGGGAUCCAUACGCAAAGGAGCAAAAAUGGCGGUACCUUUGCUAACGAAGAAGGUGGUGAAGAAGAGGUCUGCCAAGUUCAUCAGACCCCAAAGCGACCGUAGAAUCACCGUCAAGGAAAGCUGGAGAAGACCAAAGGGUAUUGAUUCCAGAGUGAGGAGAAAGUUCAAAGGUGUCACUUUGAUGCCCAAUGUUGGUUACGGAUCUGACAAGAAGACCCGUCACUAUCUCCCCAAUGGAUUCAAGAAGUUCGUUGUUCACAACACAAGUGAUCUUGAGUUGCUGAUGAUGCACAACAGGACUUACUGCGCAGAGAUUGCCCACAACGUUUCCACCAAGAAGAGAAAGGCUAUUGUGGAGAGAGCUUCUCAGCUAGACAUUGUCGUUACCAACAGGCUUGCUAGGUUGCGUAGCCAGGAAGACGAGUAAAAACAUGCCCCUAACUAGGGUUACUUUUUAUUGGUCAUUGCCAAUUUUUCAGUUUAUUAUCUGUUUUGUCAUUCGAUACAAUUUCACAUAUUUUUAAAGUAAAACAAUUGUGCCGUA